GUUCAUCGUUACCACCAACGAUCAUCUUUAUCCCCAUCUCUCCUCAACCUACCACCAUGGCAUCCUUUCUUAAGAAACCAUUGAAGCUUGCUUUGGUGCAGCUGGCCUCGGGCGCCGAUAAGGCCUUGAAUCUCGCCCACGCCCGCACCAAGGUCCUCGAGGCCGCCAAAGCUGGCGCUUCGCUCAUCGUUCUGCCAGAAUGCUUCAACUCUCCCUACGGUACUCAGUUCUUCCCCAAAUACGCCGAAACCCUCCUUCCCUCGCCGCCUACGAAAGAACAGUCCCCAUCCUACCAUGCCCUCUCUGCCAUCGCCGCCGAGGCCAAGGCCUACCUCGUGGGUGGCAGCAUCCCCGAGCUCGAACCCUCCACCAACAAAUACUACAACACCUCCCUCGUAUUCUCUCCCUCCGGCGCCCUGAUCGGCACCCACCGCAAGACUCACCUCUUCGAUAUCGACAUCCCUGGCAAGAUCACCUUCAAGGAGAGCGAGGUUCUUACCCCUGGUAACCAAUUGACUGUGGUUGAUCUCCCCGACUACGGCAAGGUUGGUCUUGCCAUUUGCUACGACAUUCGCUUCCCUGAGGCGGCCAUGAUUGCUGCUCGGAAGGGCGCCUUCCUGCUCGUUUACCCCGGCGCAUUCAACACGACCACCGGCCCGCUGCACUGGUCGCUCCUGGCUCGGGCCCGGGCUGUCGAUAACCAGGUUUACACAGCUCUUUGCAGUCCCGCGAGGGAUAUGGAGGCCUCGUAUCACGCGUGGGGACACAGUCUGAUUGUGGACCCCAGCGCGAAGGUGCUUGCUGAGACGGAGGAGAAGGAGGAUAUUAUCUAUGCGGAUUUGGAUAACGAGACGAUCCAGAGUACAAGGAAGGGCAUCCCCAUCUACACCCAGCGGCGGUUUGACCUGUAUCCGGAUGUAAGUGCCGGGGCCAACGACAGCCGACAUCUCUGUCCCUAUUCAGUGAAAAUGUCCAGCACCGUCAACAAGACCGGCAAGAAGACCCGCUCGGCCAUCGCCGAUGUGGUGUCCCGCGAGUACACCAUCAACAUGCACAAGAGACUGCACGGUGUUAGCUUCAAGAAGCGUGCUCCCCGCGCUAUCAAGGAGAUCCGCGCCUUUGCUACGCGUGCUAUGGGCACCACCGACGUCCGCGUCGACCCCCAGCUCAACAAGAAGGUCUGGGAGGCCGGUAUCAAGGGCGUUCCCUUCCGUCUCCGUGUCCGCAUCUCCCGCAAGCGUAACGACGAGGAGGGCGCCAAGGAGAAGCUCUACUCCUACGUCCAGGCCGUCAACGUCAAGGAGGCCAAGGGUCUCCACACCGCCGUUGUCGAUGACGAGUAAACUGCUCGCUUCGUUCAACGACGUGUGCUUGAUAUCCCCCUCUCAAAAAAAAACGACCUCAUUGUAUGAAACAAUAUCUACUCUAGAAUGAAUGGGACAAUAUGAUGUCGGGUGUUUUGCUGGAUCCAAAAAAAG